AUGGGCUUCCUGAGGCAGAUCCGACUGUUGCUCUGGAAAAACUGGACCCUCCGAAAGAGGCAAAAGCUUCGCUUCUUUGUGGAACUUGCGUGGCCUUUGUCCUUGUUUUUGGUCCUCGUCUGGCUAAGGAGAGCCAACCCACUCUACAGCCAACAUGAAUGUCAUUUCCCCAACAAGGCCAUGCCCUCAGCUGGGACGUUGCCCUGGCUACAGGGGGUUUUCUGCAAUGUGAACAACCCUUGUUUCCGAAACCCCACGCCGGGAGAGUCUCCUGGUGUGGUGUCCAACUACAACAAGUCCAUUUUGGCCCGGGUUCUCCGAGAUGUUCAAGAGCUCCUGCUGCGUGAAUCGGACCUCCGUGACUUGGGUCAGGUCUGGACUGAGCUCCGCACAAUGUCCCACCUCGUCGACACUCUGCGGACUCACCCAGAAAGCAUUUCAGGAAGAGGGAUCCGGAUCCUGGAUAUCCUAAAAGCUGAGGAGACGUUGACGCUGUUUCUGGUGGAUGGGGUGGGGCUGCCGGACUCGGUGGUGUACCUCCUCGUUAAUUCGCAAGUGCGUCCCGAGCAGUUUGCCUCGGGGGUCCCGGCCUUGCAGCUGAAGGCCAUUGCCUGCAGCGAGACCCUGCUGGACCGCUUCAUCCUCUUCAGCCGGCGGAGGGGGGCACUGGCUGUGAAGGAUGCCCUGUGUCCUCUGUCCGAGAGCCGCCUGCAGGAACUGGAGGACCAGCUUUAUGCCAACGUGGACAUCUUUAAACUCUUUCGGCUGCUUCCCAAGCUUUUAGAUAGCAGCUCGCAAGGCAUCAAUCUGAAAUCCUGGGGAAGAGUAAUAUCUAACCUGUCACCACGAGUGCAAGAGUUGGCUCAGCGUCGGAGCGUCCGCGAUCUACUGUGGGCCCUGCAACCCCUCCUGAGGGACGGAGGACCAGAGUCGGCGAGCCAGCUGACGGGCGUCCUCUCCGACCUCCUGUGCGGCCACCCCGAAGGCGGUGGCUCCAGGGUAUUCUCCUUCAACUGGUACGAAGACAACAACUACAAGGCCUUCCUGGGCAUCGACUCCACGAGGAGCGCACCCGCCUAUUCUUACGACCGGAGCAUCACGCCCUUUUGUAACGCACUGAUCCAGGACGUGGAAUCGAAUCCGGUGACCAAACUGGUCUGGAGUGCCGCCAAGCCACUCCUGAUGGGGAAAAUCCUCUUUACUCCCACUUCUCCUGCAGCGUGGCGCAUUCUGAAGAACGCCAACAAGACUUUUGAGGAGCUGGAACGCGUCAAGAACUUGGCCAAGGUCUGGGAAGAAGUGGGCCCCCAGAUCUGGUAUUUCUUUCACAACAGCACACAGAUGGCCAUGAUCCGGGAUACCUUGGCAAACCCAACAGUAAAAGAUUUCUUGGUUGUCCAGCUGAGGGGAACAGGCCUCACCGUGGAAGACGUGCUGAACUUUCUCUACAACGGGCCCCGAGAGAGCCGGGACGAAGGCCUGGUGAACUUUGACUGGAGGGAUGCUUUCAAUUUCACUGACCGUGCCGUGCGAUCCUUUAAUCAGUACAUGGAGUGCUUGACCCUGGACAAGUUUGAAGGGUUUGAGAGCGAAAUCCAGCUGAUACACCGAGCCCUCUACCUGCUGGAGGAGAACAAGUUCUGGGCUGGAGUGGUGUUCCCGGACAUGGACCCAUGGAGCAACAUGCUGCCGCCUCACAUCAAGUACAAGAUCCGGAUGAACAUAGACGCGGUGGAGAAAACCAAUAAGAUCAAAGACAGGUACUGGGAUCCAGGCCCCAGAGCUGACCCAGUGGAGGAUUUACGGUACAUCUGGGGCGGUUUUGCCUAUCUUCAGGACAUGAUUGAACAAGGGAUUAUAAGGAGCCAGACCGAGACUGAAAUACCGCCCGGAAUCUACCUCCAGCAGAUGCCAUAUCCCUGCUUUGUAGAUGAUGCCUUCAUGAUCACUUUGAAUCGCUGCUUCCCCAUCUUCACGGUGCUGGCCUGGAUCUACUCUGCCUCCAUGAUCGUGAAGAGCAUCGUACUGGAGAAGGAGAUGAGGCUGAGGGAGACCUUGAAAAACCGGGGCGUGUCCGGCGCGGCCAUCUGGAGCGCGUGGUUCCUGGACAGCUUCUCUAUCAUGGCAACCAGCACGCUUCUCCUGACAGGACUAGUCACGCAUGGCAGGAUCCUGCACUACAGCAAUCCUAUCAUCCUCUUCCUGUUCCUGCUGACGUUCUCCACAGCCACCAUCGCCCAGAGCUUCCUCCUGAGUGCUUUCUUCUCCAAGGCCAACCUGGCAGCAGCCUGCUGUGGUGUCAUCUACUUCACCCUCUACCUGCCCCACAUCCUGUGCUUCGCCUGGCAAGACAGCAUGACCGUGCGGCUGAAGACGGCAGCGAGUCUGUUGUCCCCGGUGGCAUUUGGAUUUGGCACAGAAUACUUGUCCCGCUACGAAGAGCAAGGUCGCGGGCUCCAGUGGGGAAACAUCGGAAACAGUCCUGUGGAGGGAGACCAGUUCAGCUUCCUGCUGUCCGUUGAGAUGAUGCUCUUCGAUACUGUCCUCUACAUCGGACUCACCUGGUACCUGGACCAGGUGUUUCCAGGAGAAUACGGGACGCCUCUCCCUUGGUUUUUCCUUCUGCAGGAGUCCUACUGGCUUGGACACGAAGGCUGUUCGACAAGGGAGGAGAAGAUGCUGGAAAAGACUGAACCCUUGACAGAGGAAACAGAGGAUCCGGAUCACCCAGAGGGAAUAAAUGACACCUUCUUUGAGCGGGAACUCCCAGGCUUGGUCCCCGGGGUGAGUGUGCAGAAUCUGGUGAAGGUCUUCGAACCGAACACGAAGCCGGCCCUGGACCGUCUCAACAUCACCUUCUACGAGAACCAGAUCACGGCCUUCCUCGGCCAUAACGGAGCUGGGAAGACCACUACCAUGUCCAUUCUGACCGGGCUGCUUCCGCCUACAUCUGGCACCGUGCUGAUUGGCGGCAAGGACAUCGAGACCAACCUGGAUUCCAUCCGGCAGAGCCUUGGUUGGUGCCCCCAACACAACAUCCUCUUCCAUCACCUGACCGUGGCCGAGCACAUCCUGUUCUAUGCUCAGCUGAAGGGGAAGUCGUGGGAGGAAGCGCUCCUGGAGACCGAAGCCAUGUUGGAAGACACAGGCCUCCACCACAAGAGGAAUGAAGAAGCUCAGAACCUAUCAGGUGGCAUGCAGAGGAAGCUGUCCGUGGCCAUAGCCUUUGUGGGCGAAGCCAAGGUGGUGGUUUUGGAUGAGCCCACCUCUGGGCUGGACCCGUAUUCGAGGAGGUCCAUCUGGGAUCUGCUGCUGAAGUAUCGCCCAGGGAGAACCCUGAUCAUGUCCACGCAUCACAUGGAUGAGGCGGACAUGCUGGGAGACCGGAUAGCCAUCAUUUCCCAAGGGAAGCUGUACUGCUCGGGCACACCCCUCUUCCUGAAGAACUGCUUCGGCACCGGUUUCUACCUCACGUUGGUGCGAAAGAUGAAGACCGUCCCAGUUCCCGGCCAACAGCAGGAGGCUGUCUGCAGCUGCUCGGCCAAGGAUCCGUGCACCAACUGCCCGCCCAAGGUCAGGGGUGAUCCAGCAGAGCAAAGGCUGGAUGGGGAUGUGCACGGGCUAACGGAAAUGAUCCUCCACCACGUUCCAGAGGCAAAGUUGGUGGAAAGCAUUGGCCAAGAGCUCGUCUACUUGCUCCCAAAUAAGAAUUUCAAGCAGAGAGCCUAUGCCAGUCUCUUCAGGGAGCUGGAAGAGACCCUAACUGACCUGGGGCUCAGCAGCUUUGGAAUCUCGGAUACUCCCCUUGAAGAGAUUUUCCUGAAGGUCACAGAAGAUGCUGCUUCGGUAUCACCGUUCAUAGCAGGAGACAUUCAGCAGGAAGUACAAGACUGCCGAAAUGUCACCCCGGAGCAGGCCGAGACCACGGGGCGAGGGCCUCACGUCUCCAAUGGGUCUUCCGGAGAAGCGACUCCCUCCCGCGAGGACCAGACCGGAUCCGGGCCCGAGGCCGGGCGGCCCCAGCUGAAUCAAGGCCCCCGGCUGCUCUGGCAGCACAUCCAGGCGCUCCUCAUCAAGCGUUUCCUCCGGGCCACCCGGAGCCGGAAGGACGUCCUGGCCCAGAUUGUUCUCCCAGCCGGCUUUGUAUUACUGGCGCUGACAUUUUCGACCCUUGUCCCACCUUUUGGAGAGUAUCCCGAAUUGACGCUGCAUCCCUGGAUCUACGGACAGCAGUAUACCUUCUUCAGCUCCGAACAGGCAGGCGGUGAGCAGACGGCUUCCCUUGCGGACGUUCUCCUGAACAAGCCCGGAUUUGGAAACCGCUGCCUGAAGGAAGAGUCGCUUCCGAAUUAUCCCUGCGGCAACUCCAGCAACUGGGAGACACCACCUGUUCCUCCGAACGUCGCCCAGCUGUUCCGGAAGGGCCAGUGGACUCCGGAUGAUCCUUCACCCUCGUGCCAGUGUAGCUCACGGGAGAAGCUCACCAUGUUGCCCGAGUGCCCUGAGGGGGCCGGGGGGCCUCCCCCUCCCCAGAGAAUACAGCGGAGCACCGAAAUUCUCCAAGACCUGACGGACAGAAACAUCUCAGACUUCCUGAUGAAAACCUAUCCCGGCCUUAUAAGAAGCAGUUUGAAGAGCAAAUUCUGGGUCAACGAACAAAGGUACGGAGGGAUUUCCACCGGGGGAAAGCUGCCAGUCCUCACCGUCACCGGGGAACAAAUUGCAGGUUUUUUAAACGACGUUGGCCAAAUCAUGAAUGUGAGCAAGGGUCCCGCCACCCUGGAGGCUGCUAAGGAAAUCUCCAACUUCCUUAAAUACAUGGAAACUGAAGACAACAUAAAGGUGUGGUUUAACAACAAAGGGUGGCACGCCCUCGCCAUCUUCCUCAACGUGGCCAACAAUGCCGUCCUGAGAGCCAGCCUGCCGCAAGGCCGGGACCCGGAGCGCUUUGGAAUCACGCUCAUCAGCCACCCACUGAAUCUCACCAAGGAGCAGCUCUCGGACGUCACGGUACUGAGCACGUCUGUGGAUGCCGUGGUGGCCAUCUGUGUGAUUUUCGCCAUGUCCUUCAUCCCUGCCAGUUUCGUACUGGAUCUGAUCCAGGAAAGGGUGAGCAAGGCCAAGCACCUUCAGUUCGUCAGCGGGAUGAGCCCCACCGUCUACUGGAUCACCAAUUUCAUCUGGGAUUUGACCAGUUAUGCAGUGAGUGUCGGCCUGGUGGUGGGAAUCUUCGUCGGAUUUCAGAAGGAAGCUUACACUUCCCCAAGCAAUCUCCCUGCUCUGAUCGCCCUGCUGCUACUCUAUGGCUGGUCUGUGAUUCCCAUGAUGUACCCGGCAUCCUUCCUGUUUGAUGUCCCCAGUACGGCCUACGUGGCCUUGUCUUGCAUCAAUCUCUUCAUCGGCAUCAACAGCAGUGCCAUCACGUUCAUCCUGGGGCUCUUCGAAAACAACCUGACCCUGCUGAAGUUCAAUGCCAGGCUAAGGACGCUGCUCAUCAUCUUCCCUCAUUUCUGCCUGGGCCGGGGGCUCAUCGACCUGGCCGUGAGCCAGGCCGUGAUCGACGUCUACGCCAGGUUCGGAGAGGUGCACACUUCCGAUCCGUUCCGGUGGGACUUGGUGGGGAAGAACAUGGUUGCCAUGGCGGUGGAAGGGGUGGUCUACUUCACUCUGACCCUCCUCAUCCAGCAUCACUCCUUCUUCAGCCACCGGAUUUCUGAGCCUGCUAAGGCACUUAUCGUUGAUGAGGACGAUGACGUGGCAGAGGAAAGGCAGAGAAUCAUUAAUGGUGGAACUAAAGCUGAUAUCUUGACACUCAACGAACUGACCAAGGUUUACUCUGGCACCUCGGGCCCGGCAGUGAACAGGCUGUGCCUUGGCGUCCGCCCUGGAGAGUGCUUCGGGCUCCUGGGCGUGAAUGGGGCUGGCAAAACCACCACGAUCAAGAUGCUCACUGGGGACACUGCAGUCACCUCGGGAGAUGCCCUGGUGGCUGGCAAGAGUGUACUGACCCACAUCUCUGACGCCCACCAAGCGACGGGGUACUGUCCUCAGUUUGACGCCAUCGAUGACCUGCUCACCGGCCGAGAACACCUUCAUCUCUACGCCCGUCUGCGAGGGGUUCCGGUGGAGGAAAUAUCCAGGGUAACAGACGGAGUCAUUCGGAGCCUGGGCCUGUCCCUGCACGCAGACCACUUGGCAGGCACGUACAGUGGAGGGAACAAGAGGAAACUGUCGACUGCCAUUGCUCUGGUCGGCUGCCCUCCCCUCGUGCUACUGGAUGAGCCCACAACAGGGAUGGAUCCGCUGUCACGCCGCUUGCUGUGGAACACGAUCGUUAACAUCAUCAGGGAAGGGAGAGCGGUCGUGUUCACAUCCCACAGCAUGGAAGAAUGCGAAGCCCUGUGCACGCGACUGGCCAUCAUGGUGAAAGGGACGUUCCAGUGCCUGGGCACCAUUCAGCACCUCAAAUAUAAGUUCGGAGAUGGCUACGUCGUCACGAUGAAAAUCAAGCCACCUAAGUCGGGGUUGCUGCCCGACCUGACCGCGGUGGAGCAGUUCCUGCAGACGCAUUUCCCCGGCAGCGUCCAGAUGGAGCGACACUAUAACACAUUGCAGUACCAGAUCUCCUCCUCCUCUUCCUCUUCCUCCUCCUCGCUGGCCCGUAUCUUCCAGCUGCUCAUCUCCAACAAAGACAGCCUGAACAUCGAAGAGUAUUCCCUCACCCAGACCACAUUGGACCAAGUGUUUGUGAGCUUUGCUAAGCAGCAGACGGAAGAGGACGACCUCCCCCUGCAUCCCCGUGUAGCUGGAGCCAGGCGAGACCCCAAGGUAGCCCCGGUCUCUCCCGCCCCCGCACAGGCCCCGGCGUAAAUCCAGCACCGGAGCGUCCAGGGACUCCAGGCAGCCGGUAGGACUGUCUCGGCCCCUCACAGGUGCCCAGGAUGUGGGGCAGACACACAACACACACUCUAUACAUAUAUCUAUAUCUAUAUCU